CAGGCUUUAAAAUCCCUCACCUGCAGCGCUCACCAGACCCAGUUGCAAGGUUGGUGUUGGUCCAAACAUAAACUGCCAUGGCAUCAGCAAACGUAACAUUGGAAAAUCAGCUGCACAGUGCCCAGAAGAACCUGCUCUUCCUGCAGCAGGACCAUGCUAACACACUGAAGGGGCUCCACGCAGAGAUCCGCAGAUUACAGCAGCAAUGUACAGACCUGACCUACGAGCUCACUGUGAGAAGCUCUGAUCCAUCAGACAGCAGUGAGGAACGAUGCAAGGAGCUGCAACGGAGGUGUGAGGAGCUGGAGGUCCAGCUUAAGAAGAAGGAGGAGGAGAACACGGAGCUGCUCAGGGACCUGGAGCAAAAGAAUGCUAUGAUUUCUGUCCUGGAAAACACAAUCAAAGAGAGGGAGAAGAAGUAUCUGGAAGAGCUGAAGAUGAAGAGCCACAAGCUGGCUGUUUUGUCUGGAGAGCUGGAGCAAAGAGCGAGCACCAUUGCUUACCUCACCUCACAACUUCAUGCCACUAAGAAGAAGCUUUUAGCCGGCAGUUCGUCUGAGGCAAGUCCUAACGUCAGUCCAGUCACUUCCUAUAAGCCCACGCCGCCACCGGCUAAGGACAGGCAGCCUGAAACCCCACGUCGUCGCAUGAAGAAGAGCCUCUCCCAGCCUCUUCACCCAGAGCUGACUGAGGUGUACCGCCUCGGUCCGGACGGCAGGCGGCUGGUUCUGCGAGAAGCGGUCGAUGCCAUGCCCGACCCCACACCUUUCCUCCAGGCAGGGAGGGAGUCUCCCGAACCUCAGGUGGUGCGCGAGCGGCCUACGGUCAUCCCUCCUAUCACCUCAGAUCGCUCCCCCAUCCCUCUCCUAGGUGCCACAGCCAGUCCCCGUCACAGCCCCGCUCGGGAUCGUCAGCACAGGGCUCAUGUGGGCGUGGCACACCGCAUCCCGCAUGGCACCCUCCCCCUCACCCUGCCUCAAGCAGAGCUGGAGACGCUGGCUGUGGACCAGGUCAACGAGGACAAGGUUAUCCAGAAGCACUCAGAAGCUGACAGGACAGUUUAACUCUGUAACGCUAACAUGCACACACACACACACACACACACAUCUAGGAACAGAUGCAUAAAACUGUAGUUUUUAUCAGUACAAAUGUGUGAACACA